CAACCCCAACACAGACAUUUCAUUUACCCACCAAACCCAAAACCUUAUCCUGUUAAAACCUCCGCACCAUCUUCUCCACACACUCAUCUCAUUCCCUCCUCUCAAAAGGGGCAAAAACAUGGCAACCCUUCAAUUCACUCCAUGUCCUUCCUUCACUCUCACCAAACAAAAAAGACCCAGCAAGCUCCCUGCCUUGCAUCUCAACCAUCGCAGAUCCUUGUCAACAAAGGUGAGGUCAUACAAAGUUGUGAUUGAACAUGAAGGUCAAUCCAGAGAGCUGGAGGUUGAGCCCGAUGAGAACAUACUAGCCAAGGCAUUGGAUAGUGGCUUGACUGUGCCCCAUGACUGCAAGCUUGGAGUGUGCAUGACUUGUCCAGCAAAGCUAGUGAGCGGCACGGUGGACCAGAGUGAUGGCAUGCUCAGUGAUGAUGUGGUGGAGCGUGGGUUUGCACUGCUCUGUGCUUCUUAUCCGAGGUCUGAUUGCCACAUCAAGACCAUUCCGGAGGAGGAGCUGCUGGCCCUGCAGCUUGCAACUGCCAAUGAUUGAAUCAUAGGUUUGCUCAAUUGGAAGUUUUGGUUUUUGGGUAUUCAAUGUUAUCAUUGUUUGGUGCUGGUAUUGUCACCGGAAUGUUCACAACGUGGCUGACAUAAUGCUUAUUGUAUGAAUUUCUUGGCUUAAUGUAGACUAUAAUAGAGACAGUCAAUUGCACUUGCUGUAAAUGUAAGGAGACCAAGGAGUCUGCGUUUUGAAUUUUGAUGUUUGAACUUUUGAGUUUGUGAUAGCGUCUUGAGGAUGCAAAACCUUUUCGCGAUA